UUCCUUCAAUCGAAGAAGAAGCUGAAGCAACAACAAUAACAGACAGCUAGCUACAGUAAGAAGAAAAUCUACAAAUGUUCCCGUGUUGAACAAGUAAAGCUUGUUUUAACACACAUUUAUAGGACGUGUCCGUGAGUAGAGUGCAUACUAAACGUGCACUGAGGUAAAUUCAGACGCCAUAUUGUGUUUUUUACAUAAAUAAGAUGCAGCAACUGUUGUGACGCGCAGACGAUAUUAGCUGGUUAGCUGCGUCGUUAGCCUGUUUGCAGAGGUGGACCGUCCGGUUCUCUUGUUCGGUUUUCUGUUUAAUGUCACCGGGCUCCGGUACCGCGUGCAGUCAUGGAGAGCCUGUACAAGCGAAAAAUGUUCGCGUCGAUGCGGAAAACCAAAGUAGACGCGUCGAAGAAGAAGCAGAUCGGCCUACCCGCCUCUAUCCUGGACGACAGUGACGAAGGCUCCUUCUCCUCCUCCUCCUCCUCGUCUGCGUCCCAAUCCGACUACCAGAGCUCCCGGGAGGAGGACAGCGAGCAGGAGGACAAGGGCCGCAGCGACUCCGGGGCGUCUUCCAGCGAUGACAGCCGCUCGGUGACCCGCAGGAAGCGCUCCUUCCUCGGAGGCGACGACAGCUCCUCUUCGUACAGUCCAGGCGAUGAGGAUGAAGAUAAGAAGGGGGACAGGAGCCAGCCGAAGAGGAUGGUGCAGCCCAAGAAGCGGAGCAGGCUGCAGCGGCGGGACGACUCGGACUCGGACCAUGCCGAGGAGAAGCGGAAAGAGGAGGAGGAGAAGGCGAAGAAGAGGCAGAGACACAACAAGCUGCUGGCGCUGUCCCGGAGGAUGAAGGCCCGGGUGCCUCGCAGGGGGAGGAACCGUAUAAAGCAGGGUGGAGAUGAUGAUGAUGAAGAGUCCAAAGAAGAUGAGGAUGAUGAUGGUGAUGUUAAAGAUGGAGGCAGAGGAGAAAACGGAAACAAGAGAAAGGCUGCAGAGGAUGACAAAGGAGGCAAAGAGAAGGUAAAAAAGGUCGAGGAAGAAGAUGACGAGAAAGACACGGAUGAGGACGAUGAGGACGAUGACGAUGAGGAGGAGGAGGAGGAGGAGAAGGAGAAGAAGUAGAUCCAGACCCUGAUGGAGAACAAAGAUGGAGGUUGAACGUGGAUAACUUUCUAAGCCGACUCGUAACUGUAGAUUUGUGCAGUUUUCUUUUCUCUUUCAUCAUUUAAAGAAGAAACAAAACACUUUAAACUGAAGGUACAAGAUUUCCAACGAGGACAUGCGAAAGAAAAAAAAAUAGUUGGAAAGCUUCAUUGACCGGAUAAGCUUUUUAUUUUAUAAACAAAGAGACGCCUGAAAUGGGACACAGCUUUAACGCUCUAGUGCUGAGAUUUAAACGUAAACACUUCUCUCCUUGUUGAGUCUCAUAUUUUAUCUCUACUCCUGCUGAUUUACAGGCAUACGUCCAGUUAUAUAGUUUCAUUUGAAACAUCACAUGCUCACCCAUCACACUGGAGGGCUCAGCCUGUCACCAGCUGUGAUGUGGAAAACCAGAAGAUUGCACUGAGAAAGCAUCAAUUCAGUACCAACAAUCUUGAUAUUCAGUUACACAUUUCAGAUCUUGUAAAGCGACACAUGCCAAAUAUUUGCAGCAGCUUGAAUGUGAGGGCUUGUUCCUUUCUUCGUGUCUAGAGGAAAAGACAUUUUAGUUUCUGACUGUUUGAGAGACAGAAAAGACAUUAUAAUACUCAGCUUAGCAUUUCUUGACAUUUGAAAGACAAUUCUCUGUGAAAAUAAUAAAGGCACAUAAAUCAUAAAUGGAAACAAAACUUGUUAGUUUGAGCUCUAAUUCUCGUCGUGUGAGGAUUUGUGUUGACAGAGAAACACUGCAGUGUUGGUCAGCUGAGAGUUAGAUACCUGUUUGAUUUCAGGGCAUUCAGUAUUAUUUAAGGCAGGGUUGCUCAUUUUCUCCAGAUACACUUUUUAAGAUUUUUGGUUGAAAUUGUCUUUAGGUCCUGACAGAAAUGAAUAACAAUGAUUAAAAGAAAAUGCGUCAUCUGUAGCUGUUGUAAGCCUGUAAGUCAGCAGUGACAUUUUAUCCUUUAAUGUUGCUUUUAAGUUGGAACAUUUAAGUUAGAAUAUUAUUGUUUUAAGUGAAGAGGUGUUCUCUCAAAGGUAUCAAUAACUCUUUCCUGAACUUUAACAUAAAGUCAUGGACCUCUAUGCUCUGAGUUAUUUUAUUUUUAUGAUGGUUCAAAGCUCUUCAGAAGGUCAGAAAUAGAAUCCUAAGUUCAACCUUGUAUAACUGACUUAUGACAAUAGAUCAGCAGCGUUCAUCCCAUCCCGUGUUCAUGCUGCCACCCAGUGGGCGGGGCUUCAUCAAGGACAGCUUACACAUCUGCGAGUCAUGACGCCAAUCUGGUAGAAAGAUUAGCUCAAAGAAAUGUUCUGUUUUAAACUCGACAAACUACGGAGUGGUCUGACUUUUGUUCCUUACUGCAGUGACGAGGCGUUCUCCUGAAUGUGUGGUGUGGAUGGACAUUUGCUGCCGAGGCUUCUGGGUAAUGCAGUAUUUAGAGACAUUGGAAAUACCCAGGAGAAGCGCUCAGAUCUUUUUGUUGCACCUUGCUCUCUUUUAAGUUUCUUAGAACGAGAUGAAAUCGGUCCCUGCAUAGCAGACCUCUUUAUGUUUUGUGUACGUGAUGGCAUCGCUGUCUGACAGCUUUCCUCCUGAAGAUUCAGACCGAAUGAUUUCAGCCCGGGACGGACACUCUUGUACAUUUAACUGUAUAAUAGCUUUUUUUAUUUGUUACAAAUCACAGUGUUUGCAGGAAUGUCGGUGUUGUUUGGUAGUUCUGUCCAUCUCUACUGAGCAUGCUUCACUUUGUUUCAUAUCUUUGGGUUUGGGACUGUUGGUUGGACAAAAAGACGACAUUUUAAAGGAUUAUUCCAGGAUUUUCAAGUCUAGGUGGAGACCUUGGUCUUGUUGUGACAUUGUGGGGGGUCGGUUCAAUUUGGUGAGUGAAGAAAAAGAUGUGAUUACCAACUUCACAAACGACCAAAGACGGUGUGUUCAUCACAAACAAAACAUAAACUCAUCCAAGAGAAUAACUCUUAUCAACCUUAAAGUGAAUGUUUUCCUUUAAAGUGACAUCACAGAAAGAUGGACAGAACUAUAAAAAUACAAUUCAUAUGCUUUGCUGUUGCAUUUGUAUAUUGUCAUGAGAGAUUUUCAUACUUGCAGGAAACAGAUUGCAGAUAACCUUUAGCUUUCUCUGAAAGACAUUUUUUUUAAAAACAUGGACAUAAAGGUAAAACAGGAAGUCAAAUACAGUGUGUUCUGUGAAGAUAAUUAAUCUGAGUAGCUGACAUUAAAGCUUUCCUUCUCCUUUUUAUUUCUUACUCUGAUGACUGCUACAGCGCUGCAUUCAUGUGCUAAUGUAAAAAUUGGACAAAUGAUGUCCCUAAAGAGAUUUAGCUUUUCCCCUCCUUCCUUUCUUCUAUCCUCUGCAUUAAAACAUCUGAUCCUUACUCAGCGUGAUUUGCUGGUUUCUGAGUUCCCACGCCCGUGAAGAAGAUGAACGCUGGUGGGAAUCUGUAAAGAACAAUUUUUUAUGUCACGUUUUCAGUCUGCAGUUGCUCAAACUGAAUUUAUGUUUUGAAGUGUUUAAGAGCCUUGUGGCCUUUUUCUGCUUUUCGCUGGAUGAUCUGACUCCUCUGUGUGUGUUGUACAGAAUAGUAACCACCACAAACACACAUUAUAGUUGCAUAUCAGUGGUGUGUGUGUGUUCAUUUGUUUUCAGUGUGUUUCUGUAGAAAGCUUGUCAGACCAAACCUGCCCUGUUGGAAACACCUCUUUAUUAAUAAAGUUUCCCUUUUUUGCGACAAA